AUGAGCGAAGAGAAAAAGUUAGAGCACGUAACCUACAUUGUUGCUGGUAACAAAUUUGAAAUUCCAUCCAGAUAUGAAGUGAAGAAAGUCAUAGGGCAAGGAGCUUACGGAGUCGUUGUUUCUGCUUAUGAUAGAGAGAGAAAACAAGAAGUUGCCAUCAAGAAGAUCUUCAACAUUUUCGAACAUGAUAGAGAAUAUCAAAAGAGAAUUUUGAGAGAAGUUAAAAUCCUCCGUCAUUUGGGAGAAUGUGAAAAUGUUGUUCAAUUGUAUGAUUUGGUUCUUCCACCAUCUUUUGAGGAAUUUAAUGACGUUUAUAUUGUCAUGGAGUUUAUGGAUUCUAAUUUGAGACAAAUGAUUAAAUCUAAUCAAGAAUUAACAGAUCAAAAUAUUCAAUACUUUUUGUACCAUUUACUUAGAGGUUUAAAGACCAUUCACUCUGCUAAUAUUUUGGUAUGUAAUUGUUCUUUUGUACAUAAUUGUGCUGAACCUAAUGCUCCGAUAAUUAUUUAA